GCUUCAAUUCAAGUUCGAGCGGAAGUAAAGUAAAACGUAUGCAAAGCUUGUCCAACGUGUUCGUUUGCCGCCUGUUUACCUACAUGACUGUCUGCCCCGCAUGUUUGCGCAUUGACUUCCCAGGUUCACGAUGCGCUAAUGACGAUCGUGGGGCGGGCGUCUACCUGCAUCCUCUUUCACCGCAUUCGAGAAAUCCUGCCUCUACUAGCCCCCGAUCUCCGCUAUUCCUGUCCCCGAAGCUUGGAUUACUGGAGUCACACGCUCCAUGCGGCUCCGAGGAGCAACGCGAUAAUCAUGUCGGGCGUCGACACGGCAGACUCUACGACCAACGCCCUCUCCAACGAUGCGCGGCCCGCCUUUGUGACGCCGAGGGACUUGCUCCAGCAGUCCCGGGCGCCCUUGCCCCCAAAAGAGCAGCCGCGCCAGCUUUCAGCCGUUGACCGCGAGCAACUGGACGGCUUGAGAACCAUCAGAGCUUUCCUCAAGGCCAGAACAAGCUAUGACGUCCUACCCAUAAGCUAUCGCCUCAUCGUAUUCGACACGGCGCUGCUAGUGAAGAAGAGUCUGAAUAUAUUGAACCAGAAUGGAAUCGUCUCAGCGCCGCUGUGGGACUCCAAAUCCUCCACAUUCGCCGGACUCCUCACGACAUCCGACUACAUAAACGUCAUACAAUACUACUGGCAGAACCCAGACGCUUUGGCGCGGGUAGAUCAGUUCCGCCUAAACAGCCUGAGAGAUAUUGAGAAAGCUCUGGGUGUCAAACCCAUAGAAACAAUCUCCAUACACCCCGAUCGACCCGUAUACGAAGCAUGUCGCAAGAUGCUUGAGUCACGCGCGCGCCGCAUACCUAUAGUCGACAGCGAUGACGAGACACGUAGAACAAUGGUCGUCAGCGUCAUCACCCAAUACCGGAUAUUGAAGUUCAUCGCGGUGAACGUCAAGGAGACACAGAAGCUACGGAAGCCACUGAAGGAGCUGAAUGUUGGCACAUACGAGGAUCUCGCGACUGCAUCCAUGGACACACCGGUUAUGGACGUCAUUCAUAUGCUUGUUAAGAAGAGCAUAUCAAGCGUGCCCAUCUUGGACAGAGCAGGCACCGUGCUGAAUGUCUUUGAGGCUGUAGACGUCAUCACGCUUAUCAAGGGCGGCGUAUACGAUGACUUGAACCUGACGGUCGGCGAUGCGUUACUGAAGCGUUCAGACGACUUCCCUGGUAUCUUCACCUGUUCACUGAACGACAACAUGUCAACCAUAUACGACACGAUCCGGAGGUCGCGCGUGCAUCGAUUCGUCGUCAUAGAUGAGAACAGUAAGCUUAAAGGCAUGGUAACCUUGAGCGACGUUCUCGAGCAUACGCUACUCGAAGGCAUGGAGGACGAGUAGAACGACGCGAUCCUAGACCACGUGUCAGCUCCACACGCAAAGUCACUCAGAAUGUAUGAGCAGAGAAUGAGACGAUGCGACGACUGAACAUUCCACUGAUUGGGUGUCGAGCUCACGAAAGCAUUUCCAGAUACAUCCUAUAACGAACUGGGGUUAUUGAAGAGAGCUGAAGAUAUUGUAGAAGCGAAACUGGCUGAGAUUAGUGCACGAUAAAUGGUCGUAGCAGAAGUCUCACAGAUACUUAAAUCAUCAUAUUCACAAGUUCAUCCGAG